CUGGUUGCAUUCUGUUUGGUAGCUUGUCCAGGGAAAAGGAUGAUCUGUGCUUUAAAUUGUUGAGGCAUGCGAAGACUCCGAAACUGAAAUGCAUUCUUCACGCUGUCGGAAUAUAUUACUUGAGCAGCACUAAGGAAUGGGGUGGUGUGGAGGUGGGUCUUUUCUUGCUUCUACCUUUGCAGCCAAACCUGAAAGACGCUAGAUGUAAGGAGGGUUAGUAGUUGAUUUUUUCCUGCUUGUGACUACACUCGAGCGGCUGCCUUCCCAGCCCCCCUGCGGGAGCAAAUACUACUGGAGACCUGAAUUGGAACAUUGUAUGCUGGAGCCUGGCGUGAUCUCUAUACGAUUGUGUGUAUGUUGUUCUUGGAAUUGGCAGGGCAACAGGCCCCGAAACAAGCAGGUGUCAUCUAUAUGGAGAAAAGCGGCUGUAGUCCAUUCCCAAUAUGCUGGGCUAAAGAAUAUGACAGAUACCUAGCAUCUAGCAAAACCAUGGCAGCAGCUUACCUAGACCCAAACUUGAAUCACACACCAAGCUCAAGCACAAAGACGCACCUCAGUUCUGGGAUGGAGCGUUCUCCUGGGACGAUGGAACGAGUCCUAAAGGUUUUCCAUUAUUUUGAAAGUAACAGUGAGCCAACAACAUGGGCCAGUAUUAUACGUCACGGGGAUGCUACAGAUGUUUGGGGCAUAAUCCAGAAGAUAGUAGAUAGUCACAAAGUAAAAAAUGUAGCCUGUUACGGUUUACGGCUCAGUCACCUGCAGUCAGAGGAAGUUCAUUGGCUUCAUCCAGAGAUGGGAGUGUCCAACGUGAGGGAGAAAUUUGAACUAUCCCAUGCGCCGGAGGAAUGGAAAUAUGAACUUCGAAUCCGAUACUUACCAAAAGGAUUUCUGAACCAGUUUACUGAAGAUAAGCCAACGUUAAAUUUUUUCUAUCAGCAGGUGAAAAAUGACUAUAUGAUAGAAAUAGCAGACCAGGUGGACCAGGAAAUUGCCUUGAAGCUAGGUUGCCUUGAAAUCCGGAGAUCAUACUGGGAGAUGAGAGGCAACGCAUUAGAUAAGAAGUCAAACUAUGAAGUAUUAGAGAAAGAUGUGGGCUUAAAAAGAUUUUUUCCGAAGAGUUUGUUGGAUUCAGUAAAGGCCAAAAACCUACGAAAAAUGAUCCAGCAAACGUUUCGACAGUAUGCCAACCUCAAUAGAGAAGAAAGUAUUUUGAAAUUCUUCGAGAUCCUCUCACCAGUAUACAGAUUUGACAAGGAAUGCUUCAAGUGUGCUCUGGGUUCAAGCUGGAUAAUUUCGGUCGAGCUGGCCAUUGGUCCAGAAGAAGGAAUCAGCUACCUUACAGACAAGGGUUCCAAUCUUACUCACCUGGCAGACUUCCAUCAAGUUCAGACCAUUCAGUAUUCAACUAGCGAAGAUAAGGACAGGAAAGGAGUGCUACAAAUGAAAAUUGCUGGAGCACCAGAGCCUCUGACAGUGACAGCACCGUCCUUAACCAUUGCAGAGAACAUGGCAGACUUGAUCGAUGGCUAUUGCCGGCUGGUCAACGGUGCUACACAGUCUUUCAUCAUCAGACCUCAGAAAGAAGGUGAAAGAGCUUUACCGUCCAUACCAAAGCUGGCCAACAACGAGAAGCAAGGAAUACGGUCGCAUACAGUCUCUGUAUCAGGAGUCAAUCACUGUCAACAUAAAGCAAAGAAAGCCAGGCACUUUCUCCCUUUCGUCUUCUGUUCCCAUGAGUCGCCACCUAAGGAUGAAAUUAGUGGGGACGAAACAGAUGACUAUGCAGAGAUUAUAGAUGAAGAAGAUACUUAUACCAUGCCCUCAAAAAGCUAUGGAAUAGAUGAAGCCAGGGAUUAUGAGAUUCAGAGAGAACGGAUUGAACUGGGACGCUGCAUUGGUGAAGGGCAGUUUGGAGAUGUUCAUCAAGGAGUUUACGUGACCCCAGAAAACCCUGCCAUGGCGGUUGCAAUCAAAACGUGUAAAAACUGCACCUCAGACAGUGUGCGAGAGAAAUUCUUACAAGAAGCCUUAACAAUGCGUCAGUUUGAUCAUCCUCACAUCGUCAAGUUGAUCGGCGUUAUCACAGAAAACCCCGUCUGGAUCAUUAUGGAGCUCUGUACGUUAGGAGAGCUGCGGUCGUUUUUGCAAGUAAGAAAAUACAACUUGGAUCUGGCAUCUUUGAUACUGUAUGCUUAUCAGCUUAGCACAGCACUUGCCUACUUAGAGAGCAAACGAUUUGUACAUAGGGAUAUUGCUGCUAGAAAUGUGCUUGUGUCCUCCACGGACUGUGUGAAAUUAGGUGACUUUGGUUUGUCCCGGUAUAUGGAAGAUAGUACAUAUUAUAAAGCUUCCAAAGGAAAAUUGCCUAUCAAGUGGAUGGCACCAGAGUCCAUCAACUUCCGACGUUUUACCUCAGCCAGUGACGUCUGGAUGUUUGGUGUGUGUAUGUGGGAAAUUUUAAUGCAUGGCAUAAAGCCCUUUCAAGGAGUGAAGAACAAUGAUGUGAUUGGCCGCAUUGAGAAUGGCGAGCGAUUACCAAUGCCUCCGAACUGCCCUCCCACUCUGUACAGCCUUAUGACCAAAUGUUGGGCAUAUGACCCCAGCAGGCGGCCGAGAUUUACGGAACUUAAAGCUCAGCUGAAUACAAUACUGGAGGAAGAGAAGCUGCAGCAGGAGGAGCGAAUGAGAAUGGAAUCAAGGCGACAGGUUACGGUGUCCUGGGAUUCGGGAGGAUCAGAUGAGGCUCCUCCCAAGCCCAGCAGACCUGGUUAUCCCAGCCCAAGAUCCAGCGAAGGGUUUUAUCCCAGCCCACAGCAUAUGGUACAGCCCAAUCAUUACCAGGUCUCAGGGUACACCAGUUCCCAUGGGAUUCCGGCUAUGGCGGGUAGCAUUUAUCCAGGCCAGGCUUCCCUCUUGGAUCAAACAGAUUCCUGGAAUCAUCGGCCUCAAGAAAUAUCCAUGUGGCAACCCAACAUGGAGGAUUCCGGCAGUUUAGAUCUACGAGGAAUGGGACAAGUUCUACCUGCACAUCUAAUGGAGGAGAGAUUGAUACGACAGCAACAGGAAAUGGAGGAAGACCAGCGAUGGUUGGAAAAAGAAGAGAGAUUCCUGAAACCUGAUGUGAGGCUCUCUAGGGGGAGCAUCGAUCGAGAAGAUGGGUGUCUCCAGGGUCCGGCUUCUAACCAGCACAUUUAUCAGCCUGUGGGUAAACCAGAUCAUUCUGCUCCACCAAAGAAACCACCUCGCCCAGGAGCUCCCAGCCAUUUGGGUAGCCUUGCCAGCCUGAACAGCCCCGUGGACAGCUACAAUGAAGGGGUUAAGCCAUGGAGGAUUCAGCCGCAAGAGAUUAGCCCUCCCCCAACAGCCAACUUGGAUCGUUCCAAUGACAAGGUCUACGAGAAUGUCACAGGCCUUGUGAAAGCGGUCAUAGAGAUGUCCAGCAGAAUUCAGCCAGCCCCACCGGAAGAGUAUGUCCCCAUGGUGAAGGAGGUUGGCUUGGCACUUCGAACUUUACUGGCUACAGUUGACGAGACCAUCCCAGUGCUCCCAACAAGCACUCACAGAGAGAUUGAGAUGGCCCAGAAACUCCUGAACUCUGACCUCGCUGAACUGAUUAACAAGAUGAAGCUUGCUCAGCAAUAUGUCAUGACUAGCCUGCAGCAGGAAUACAAAAAGCAGAUGCUCACGGCAGCUCAUGCUCUGGCUGUGGAUGCAAAAAACUUGCUGGAUGUUAUUGACCAAGCCAGGCUAAAAUCGAUUGGCCAGUCCAGGCCCCACUAAAUGCAGAGGGCAGUUUGCAUUGUGCAGUUGGGAGAGCCUUGCUCCCUUAAUGGGCAAUUAGCCUUCCAGCAGAAAUGAGAAUUGACCCCUCCUGGUCCUGGAUUUCCAGUAAUUCCCAUGCUGCUUAACAAAAUGACGCCUGUUGGUUCUUCUAUCUUCAAGCAUCUUUUUUCCCCCUCAAUUGACAAUGCCAGGAAAAGUCUGAGAUUGAAAAUGUGUCAAUUUUCACAGAACUGUAUCUGCACAGAAUCAGUGGACAUAAAUUUGAAAUUUUCACAUUAUGUGGAAUGUGAAUCUUCAUUUGCCAAUGGAUUUUUUUUUAAAAGAAAAAGAAACAAGUCAAAGACCUUGAACUUUCCAAGGUGCAGAACUGAGCAAAGGUAUUGUGAAGAAUUCUGGGAAACCUCAGGGCUGAGAAUUCUUGCCCACAAUAUGCGAACUGUCCAGACUGGAAUACUUUUUUUUUAUUAGAACACUUAAAGCCGCAAAAUGCUAAUCACAAUUUACAGAGAAAGAUUAAAAAGCUAUAUUUUCAAAGCGUCUGUCAUUUCAAAACAGAAAGUCCUCUUCAUCCAUUUGUUUCCCUCCCCUUCCAUGUGGACGUGUGAAGCAUUGGAUUGGAAAGUAGUUGUAGAACAGCAACAAGAGAACUUGUCUUAUUCACCAGAAUAACAUGCCAGUUUUUUGUAGCAGUUGUUUUCCUCGGAAGCAAAAACAAGCUGCUUUGUACCAGAGCAACACAAAAGCUGAAUUUAGAAGAAAAUGUUAUGUAACCAUACAUGUUCCCCAUUUUUAUAUAAUUUAUAAAGAAAGAUUAAAGCCAUGAUGAAUAUUUUAAA